AUGCCGAACGCCUCCGCUGUCUCCUGGCCGCCGCUGUGGCUGCUGCUGCUGUCGCCGGCAGCGGCUUCCCCGACGGGGACCCCGAUGGGAAGCCCGGGCUCCCCCGCCUGCCCGGAGGCCUGCGCGUGCGCGCCGGGCGGCCAGGUCAACUGCUCGGGGCGCGCGCUGUCCGAGGUGCCCGACGGCCUGAGCCCCCGCGCGCGCGACCUGCUGCUGGAUCGCAACCGCGUGCGCGCGCUGCCGCCCGGGGCCUUCGCGGGCGCGGGCGCGCUGCUGCGCCUGGACCUGCGCGACAACGGGCUGCGCCGGGUGCACGCGCGCGCCUUCUGGGGCCUGGGCGCCCUGCAGCGGCUGGACCUGGGCGCCAACCAGCUGGAGGCGCUGGCGCCCGGCACCUUCUCGGCGCUGCGCGCGCUGCGCAGCCUCUCGCUGGCGGGCAACCGGCUGGCGCGCCUGGAGCCCGCGGCGCUGGGCGCGCUCCCGCUGCUGCGCGCGCUCAGCCUGCGGGACAACGAGCUGUCGGCGCUGGCGCCGGGGCUGCUGGCCGGCCUGCCCGCCCUCCGCGCGCUGCGCCUGCGGGGCAACCCCUGGGCCUGCGGCUGCGCGCUGCGCCCGCUCUGCGCCUGGCUGCGCGCUCACCCGAGGCCCGCGCCAGAGGCCGAGACGCUGCUCUGCGUGUCGCCGGAGCGCCUGACCCUCCGCCCCUUGACGGCCUUCCCCGACGCCGCCUUCAGCCACUGCGCGCGGCCGCUCGCCCCGCGGGACCUGCUGGUGAUCUACGCGCUCGGGCCCCUCUGCUUCCUCGCCAGCCUGGCCGCCUGCCUGGCGCUGGGCGUGGUGGUCACCGCCUGCCGCGCGCGCCGCCAGCGCGCCGCCGCCCGCGCCCCGCGGAGACGCCCUCCCAGCGCCGGCCCGCGCGGGGCGCCGCCCGCGGACCCCGGGAGCCCCGCCGCCGCCGCCGCCGGGACCUGA